ACCAGAUAUAGCACAUGUAUAAAUAAUCUGUCUCGUAAUCGUGACGCAAUUGAUUUUGUGGCUUUGCCUAACUAUUUAGUUGUAUAGUCCAUAAAAACCAACCCGUCUGAUAAGACAUCCAAAAUUGAUAAGUGAUUUCAUUCGAAAAGCAAUCAAGACAGCAACAGUGUCUAAAACCGAAUCGAAUAUCUAGCGCGCUGUCAUUGAGAAUUGGAUUACUUGAAAUGUUAUUAUCUUAAAGCAAAAUAAUAACGCUACUCGGUCACACGCAAAAGUAUUGUGCAUCAAUUACCAAAAUGGCACACGAAUCAACGGAGGCGGUGAUCAAGCCAGUGAGGAAAAGAAAUAUUUUUGUGGACGCUUUGGCAAUACUGUUUGGAGUGAGCUCAUGGAUUGGUGUAACAUCCACAUAUCUACAGUUGCCGUUGCUUGUGUCAAGUGCCCCAGAAGGAUGGUCGUUGCCAUCGUAUAUAGCAAUUGCAGUACAAAUUGCCAAUAUUGGCUCAUUUGCCUACGUUGUUUAUCAGAAGUAUUCACCAAAGAAAAUCGAUGACGGGUUUUUAAUUUAUUUUACAUUGACAAUAGGCUGUGUAGCCGCAAUCUGUAUGGCAUUUUUCUAUCAACAUACCAUCGAAAUCUCCGGUCAUCCAUACAGUGUAUUCUUGCUGCUAUUUACGCUGAUGUUUGCAUUGGUUGGGUGCUUAAGUUCGGUGCUAUUUAUGCCGUAUAUGGGACGGUUUCGAGAAUGCUAUCUCGUGUCAUACAUGUUUGGUAUGGGCUUGAAUGGAUUCGUAUCGAGUGUAUUGGCAUUGAUCCAAGGAGUUGGCGGACCGCCUGAAUGUGUGCCGAGCAACACGACCGAUGGUGGAUUUAUUGAAAAGUAUCCGCCACCGUUAUUUGGUAUAAGGCUCUAUUUCGAAUUUGUAUUUGGCAUUCUGGUGUUGAGCACGGUUGCAUUUAUACUCUUAAAUAAGCUGAGCACUUGUAAGAAGGAGUAUGCAGCUGGAACAAUUGGAAUGGGCAACGAGUAUCAUUAUGAUCACAAGGAAGACAGUGAUGAAACCAAACAAAAUAUACCUGCUGAUGUACUUAAUUUAUCGACAUUCAACUAUAUCUUUUUAAUGGCAGCCGUUGUUGGCCUCAGUGGAUUGGGCAACGGAAUCUUUCCGGGUUUGAUGUCGUAUUCCUGUCUACCGUAUGGCAAUCAAGUUUAUCAUUUGUCUGUGACACUGGCUGCCAUUGCCAAUCCAUGUGCCGGUUUCAUAGCCAUGUUCUUGUCACACACCUCAAUUCGAGUUAUUCGCUUCCUCAGCUUUAUCGGAUCUAUUUUAGCCAUUUAUCUAUUUUAUAUUGCAUUACAAAGCCCAAAUCCACCACUUAAGGAUUCAAUGUUGGGAUAUGUUCUCAUAGUUAGCUCAUGGACCAUAUUUACCUGUAUAAUAAAUUACAUGAAACUUUCCAUAGUCUCGAUAUUUCGUUACCAAGAGGGGCGAUCAUUAGUUUGGGUCGGAACAGUGAAUCAAAUUAGCUCAGCCGUCGGUGCAACCAUUAGUUUUGUCUUAGUUAAUUACACGAAAAUUUUCGUUGAAGCCAGCAAAUGUUAAUGGCAUCGUAAACCGUAGUAUUUUUUUUGUGUUUUUGUUUCUUUGGUUUUCGAGUCAAUUGUAUGUGAUGUAAAAAUAUCAUAGUUGAAGACAAUGUUAGUGAAUAAACAUUGUUUUAUACAUAUAUAUAUAUAUAUAUACAAAAGACGAUUUGUAAACAAUGUUUAUGGAAUGACUUAAAUGGGUUAUCUUUAUAUAUGUUGAUUUUGGACUGAAUAGUACUCUUGAAUUUUUCAAUUUUACAAGAUAAUAGCGUUCUUGGAACAAAUAAUAAAAUCCACAUAUGAAUUACUUUGGAAAAAUAAA